AUGGAUGAAGCACGUUCCGUCAAGAGCUCUUCUAAACGAGGACUUCCCUUUUGUUUUGCAUUCGUUUUUAGCGGGUUUAUACUGAAUGUAUAUGGAGAAACCAUUUGCACUCAGCAGCCACUGUCACAAGCGUUCGUUGCUGCUGACAAUCGAACACUGAAAUAUGCCACCAUCUGGUCAGGUUCGGUUGGUAGUCGUGUCACUUGUGUCAGCAAGUGUCACUCGUUACCUGCGUGCAAAUCGGUCAACUACUAUCAACUCAAUCGAGUAUGCGAUCUCAACAAUGCCACAAGAAUCGAUUUCGCGAACAACUUGGUUGCAGACUACGCGAGCGUGUACUUCGAUGGUCAUGGCGACACACCUGGGUUUUCCGUUGCAGCUUACAGCGAUUGCCAGAGUUUACUGGAGGCAGGUUACAGUGUGAGCGGUAUCUAUACGAUAUUCCCCGCGGGAUUCGCAGAUGGUCUGAGGGUUUACUGCGACAUGGAGACCGACGGUGGAGGCUGGCUUGUCAUUCAGAGGCGUCAGGAUGGCAGUGUUGACUUCUACCGCGACUGGGCUGACUACCGCGUGGGCUUUGGGGACUUGGCUGGUGAGUUUUGGCUCGGCAACGACAACUUGCGCACCUUGAGUGAUUCUUCUGGAUCUUGGGAUCUUCGAAUCGAUUUGGAGGACUGGGAUGGCAACACAGCCUGGUCCCAGUACGGCGAUUUCCGGAUCUCAGGGCAGGAUUACCUUUUGAGUUUUGGUUCGUACAAUGCAACAAGUUCGGCUGGAGACUCACUGACUUACCACAAUCUCCAUCCGUUUUCAACAAAGGACAAGGACAAUGACAAUUCAUGGGAGGACUGCGCAGUGUGGAAGAAAGGAGCUUGGUGGUAUAACGAGUGCUCUUAUUCAAACCUUAACGGUGUGUAUUUGUAUCCGCCUUCAAAUCUUAAUAUUAAAGGCAUCAUAUGGAGUUCACUGAAAGGAAAUGAUUACUCGCUCAAAGGAAGCAGUAUGAAAAUUCGGCAGUCAUUGCGGUAG